AUGGCCGAGGGCCACGACGGUCUUCUCUUUGGUCACCAGGCCGAGGAUGACUCCACGUUGGGACUCUCCCAUCAGGACUGCGAUGGGAUCCUCGAGAUGAUCGAGGAAAAGACCCUCGCCAGUGACGGCCACGAGGUCAACAAAGAGUCUGGUAGGGGAAACCAGCGGAAGCUAAAGGAGGUCAGCAUGAACAUGGUUUUGGUGCUACCGUCCGAGUUUUUGGCCCCAAGAGGCCAGACCAACGGCCUGGAUAAUGACAUGGCCGAGGAACAGCUUGAUUAA